UCAGCAGGAAGACUGAGAACCAGACCAGCACAACAACAACAACACAACAACAACACAACGUCCUCCUCACCCAGAGACAGCAUGCUGCCCGGCUCCGCUCUGCUCCUGCCCCUCAUCCUCGGCUCCGCCGUCUGCUUCGAGCUGCUGCCGGAGGAGGCCGCUCCCCGCCGGGCACGCUUCUCCGCAAACAGCCCGACUGAUGUGGCCAGAUGUUUGAACGGUGCUGUGGCCGUGGGCUGCGGCUUCUUCUCCUGUCUGGAAAACUCGACCUGUGACACCGACGGGAUGCACGAAAUCUGCGAGCUCUUCCUCCACUCAGCGGCUACCUUCAACACAGAGGGUAAAACUUUUGUGAAGAAGAGCCUUCACUGCAUCUCUCAGGGAAUCACAGCCAAAGUUUUCCAAACUAUUCGCCGCUGCAGCAUCUUCCAGAGGAUGAUCGCCGAGGUGCAAGAAGAGUGUUACACCAGUCUUGACAUCUGCACCGUGGCUCGUACCAACCCCGAUGCCAUCGGAGAGGUGGUGCAGGUGCCGGCUCACUUCCCCAACAGGUACUACAGCACUCUGCUGCAGACCCUGCAGGCCUGUGACGAGCAGACAGUGGCAGUGGUGAGGGCCGGCCUCAUCGCCAGGCUGGGCCCCGACAUGGAGACGUUCCUCCAGCUCGUCCAGAACAAACCCUGCACCGGCGGCUCGGGCUCUGCCACUUACAGCAACAGCAACCCGUCCAGCUGGAGAAACAUGCCCGUGUUCAACAUUCAGCCCGGCUUCAGAGGCCGAGACCCCACCCACCUGUUCGCCAGGAGAUCUGUGGACAACAACGAGGGGGAGGUUAAAGCCGACAAAUAGAUACGCACAAUAUACAAUACUCACAAUCACGCACAUUCACACGCAGCUUUCUCCUCUGACUGUCUUUUACCUUUGAGAGCUUUAGAUGCUGAUUUGGGUGAAACUGAUUAAUGGUAAUGUUAGUGUGUGGGCUGAUGUACUGACAAGCUUAACCGAGCGUAACACAGGUUGUGUUACACACGUUUGAAAAGAUGCCUAUUACAGUGAUAAUGACUGAUAUUUAUUUUCUUAAACAAGUUAAUUUAUGAAGCUGCCAUGCUGUUAUAUUUAACGUAGUGUGAUGGGAGAGGCUGUGGAGGACAGAAGGUGCCUUCGUGCUGGUCAUGGAGCUCGUCUGACUCGUGUAAGGGCCCGUUCUGCUGGUCUGAGAUCACUUUUAUUAGAUAAAACUUGUGUGAGAUGUUUAAAUGGGAGGUUACGGUGGUGUGUGAUGUAAAACCUGACAUGGUGAAGCCGACUUGGCUGUUUGUGUUAGAAAUAAAUGA